GCACACACUUUUCUGCAGCCAAAACAACAUCCGGAGUUCAGGAAAAUCGUCCAAGACUCGCUACGUGCAAUAAUAUGUCAGGUUGUCUCUGAGGAUCUCGGGGCGUCUUCUGGUCAAAGUGGGUGGUGUUUACUCUUUGCAACCUUUGCCCGUGAUCUGUUGGGCCAGCCAACAGACGGGAUUGAAAAGUAUAGCGUGAACCCACAAAAGGGCUGUGAUCAAAGGCUUCCCCUCCUUUCUUUACCCGUGUUGGAGGGUCUUCAAGGCUUCUAAAACAUAGUUUUCAGAGAGUGAGCACGAAUGGAAGGCGUCGUGCAACUUGUCAAUCGCUUGCAAAGCGCAGCAACAUUGCUCGGGGACAAUGCUGCUAGCGACAAGACACUGCCGAGUCUCUGGGAGCUUCUUCCCAGCAUCGUGGUUAUCGGUGGCCAGAGUUCUGGGAAAAGCUCUGUCCUGGAGGCAGUGGUGGGCAAGGAUUUUCUGCCCAGAGGAACCGGCAUUGUCACUAGGCGACCUCUGUUGCUCCAGCUGGUGCGCUUGGAGGACCCAAAUGCCCGCGAGUAUGGAGAAUUCCUGCACAACAACCGUGAGAAGAUGUACAACUUUGAGGCAAUCAGGGACGAGAUUGAGAACGAGACAAAUCGAUAUCUCAAGGGGAAGGGCCGCGCUGUGGCUCCUGAGCCAAUCCAGCUCACGGUGUACUCCCCGAAUGUACCCAACCUCACCCUGGUGGAUAUGCCAGGCUUGACAAAGGUGCCAAUUGAUGGUCAGCCAAAAAGCAUUGUGAGGGAACUGGAGGACAUGGCGCGCUCAUACAUCAAGGGUGACAAUGCUAUCAUCCUGGCAGUGACACCGGCGAACGCAGAUCUGGCCACAUCAGAUGCCUUGCACCUGGCACGGGAAGUAGACCCCACAGGAGAGCGCACAAUUGGCGUGCUGACAAAGCUGGAUAUCAUGGACCCCGGAACAGAUGCCAGAGAUGUGCUCAUGGGCCAGGCUGUGCGCCUCAAGAAUGGCUGGAUAGGCAUUGUCAACCGCGGGCAGGCUGACAUCAUGUCCAAGGUCCCGAUGGAGGAGGCACGGAAGAAGGAGCUGGACUUCUUCAAGGGCUCGCGGCACUAUUCGGACCUUAAAAACGUGGGCACGGGCUUCCUGAGCAGCAAGCUGUCCACGCACCUGAUCACGGCCAUCCGCAAGCAGCUGCCCAUCAUCCAGCACUCCAUCAACGAUGGCAUCAUCAACCUGGAGCGCGAGCUUGAGGCGCUGGGAGGCCCUGCAGUCACCACCCGCGGCGCCAUGGUCCACCUCAUCCUUCAGCUGUGCCGCCAAUUCGAGGAGGCCUUUGCAAAGUCGGUGGAUGGUGGGAAGGGCGGCGGGGAGCAGAUCCUGCUGGUGUUUGAGAAGCGGCUGACAGACAACAUCCGCAAGCUCAACUUUGACAAGAUCCUGGACCCCGCCAAUGUCAAACGCAUUGUGGAGGAGGCCGACGGCUACCAGCCCCAUCUCAUCGCCCCUGAGAUGGGCUACCGCCGGCUGCUGCAGGAAUGCCUGGUCCUGUUCAAGGGGCCUUCGGACGUGGCGGUGGAGGAGGUGCACGCCAUCCUGCGCCAGAUCGUGGCGCGCACGCUGGAGAGCGAGGAGUGCAAGGGCCUCGCGCAGUAUGGGCAGCUCAAGCGCGAGAUCGCCACUACGGGCGCGGCCGCGCUGGAGUCCAUGAAGGACGACGCGCGCAAGAUGGUGCUGACCAUGGUCGAGAUGGAGCGCUCCUACCUCACCGCCGAGGUCUUCCGCGAGAUCCUGCAGCAGAAUGGCCGCUCCGGCGAGCACGGCGAAGUCAUGCGCACCCUCUCCGGCCGCCAGAUGUCGGACGUGAUGGCGGACGAGCGGUCGACGCCGUCGGACAAGCACACGCAGAAGAUUGCGUCGCACGUGAGCGCGUACAUCCACCACGUGCGCACGCAGCUCAAGCAGACCAUCCCCAAGGCCAUCGUGCACUGCCUGGUGAUACAGGCAAAGAAACGCCUACUGGACGACUUGCAUGCAGAGGUGGCGUCCAGCGAAGAUGGCAAGCUGAAGCGAAUGCUGAUCGAGGACGAGACCACCCUCAAGCGCCGGGAGCAGUGCACGCACCGGCUCAAGCUCCUGAAAAAGGCUGCAGAAGAGCUCAGUGCAGCCUCAUAUUAAGCCACCCUGUCCCUGUGCUUUCCUGUCUGCGCGCCAGCAGGCAGGGUGACAGCAUUUGUCCUGUUUCUAUGGUUAGCAGAAAUCGACGUGAAGGUCCGCAUCAGGAGGGGUAGAGGGAUGCUUUGUCAAGAAUUUGUUUACAAAUAAGCCAUUGUACUGUAUGUCAUCACAAUCGAUAUUACCAUGUGUGCUAGUGCUGUUUGCAGCAAGCCUGGCUGCUGGGCUGGUAGCAUGAUUACACCCCUGCAGCCCACAAUUCUUCUUAAUAGAUAUGGUAUGCCUGUGCCGUGGCCUCAGUCACCUGUGUGCCUCACUCUUGGUGUUGCAAGUGCCAACAACACUUAUAUUGUGUAAAUCGCGAUCAGCUUCU